AGGAUGCCAAACUGGGGAGGUGGAGCCAAAUGUGGUGCCUGUGAUAAGACCGUGUACCACGCUGAGGAGAUCCAGUGCAAUGGAAGGAGUUUUCACAAGACAUGCUUCCUCUGCAUGGCUUGCAGAAAAGGUCUGGACAGCACCACAGUAGCAGCUCACGAAUCUGAAAUCUACUGCAAAACCUGCUAUGGGAGGAAAUAUGGUCCCAAGGGAAUUGGCUUUGGGCAGGGGGCAGGAUGUCUCAGCACGGAUACUGGUGACCAUCUGGGCUUGAAUCUGCAACAGGGCUCACCAAAGUCUGCUCGGGCUUCUACAACAACUAAUCCUUCCAAGUUUGCCAAAAUGAUGGUAGAUGUCGACAAAUGUCCCCGCUGUGGCAAAUCUGUGUAUGCUGCAGAGAAGAUCAUGGGAGGAGGAAAACCUUGGCACAAGACCUGCUUCCGCUGUGCUAUUUGUGGAAAGAGCUUAGAAUCCACAAAUGUUACAGACAAAGAUGGAGAGCUCUACUGUAAAGUUUGCUAUGCAAAAAAUUUUGGCCCCAAAGGAAUUGGGUUUGGUGGCCUCACUCAAGCAGAAAAGAAAGAAGAGUGUGAAUGAGAAGAAAUGGAUGCAACAGACUCAAACUGCUGGUGAUGCCACCAAGUGACAAUUGUCAAGUAAAGCACCAAACAUCACAGUAUUGCUACAACCUUAGGACAUUUGUUUAGUAUUUUCCA